CUGGCAACACGGAGGCAGUAGCGACAGUUUGUGGUUAAACAUGUCCUCGCUUUGUAGUCCGUGUACUGUAGACAGACCUCCCAACGAGUUCGCGAGGACAUUUUGGGGUUAUAAAACUACACUGCUUACAUCACUGUAGACCUCCAAGGCACAAAUAGCGCCUUUUUCAUGUCGCUUCCUGAACAAUAAGGCGAACCGCUUUCUCUAUUCAUCACAUUCUCCAGUGACACUGACAGCAGCACAAGCUGAAGCGUAAGAGAGUUUCUGGAGAACUUCUAAGGUACAAGAACACACUAGACAUAGCUUUUGCGAAUAAUAAUAAUAACGUCAUCAAGACUCUGGAGUAACACAAAUGUAACUAUGGGAAUUAUCUUGUGAUUUAACACAAGGACACCACAGGACUCCACAUGACUCCACAUGCCGCAAGACACUGAACCCCAAGUUGCUCCUGAUGGAGCGUGAGACAGUUUUCCUAUCUGUUUAAACAAAUAGGAGGCACAAAGGACACACUGCUACACAGUGCAGAGAUACUGUUUUCACACACACACAGAUACAGUAACAGCAGCCAUGCCUCGCAUCGAGAACGACAUCAAACUCGACUUCAAGGAUGUGCUCCUCCGUCCCAAACGCAGCACGCUCAAGUCCCGUAGUGAGGUGGACCUGAUGCGCAGCUUUACUUUCCGAAACUCAAAAGGCAGUUACAGAGGUAUUCCCAUCAUCGCUGCUAACAUGGACACGGUUGGAACCUUUGAGAUGGCCGUGGCACUGCAUUCGUUCUCACUUUUCACUGCCGUCCACAAACAUUACUGCGUAGACGACUGGAAAGAGUUUGCAGCGAAGCACCCAGAAUGCCUAGAGAGCGUGGCCGUCAGCACUGGAACAGGCGAGAAUGAUUUCGAGAGGCUCGCUGCUAUUUUGGCGGCUGUGCCUCAGAUACAGUACGUUUGUGUCGACGUAGCGAAUGGAUAUUCGGAGCACUUUGUGCAUUUUGUCAAGGACGUGAGGCAGAAGUUCCCUUCACACACCAUCAUGGCUGGAAACGUGGUCACGGGAGAGAUGGUGGAGGAGCUGAUUCUCGCUGGAGCUGACAUCAUUAAAGUGGGCAUCGGUCCAGGCUCAGUGUGUACAACCCGUAAGAAGACAGGUGUGGGCUACCCUCAGCUGAGUGCUGUAAUCGAGUGUGCUGAUGCUGCACAUGGCCUGGGUGGACACAUCAUCUCUGAUGGAGGAUGUACCUGUCCUGGUGAUGUCUCUAAGGCUUUUGGUGCGGGAGCGGACUUCGUGAUGCUAGGUGGAAUGUUGGCAGGUCACUCUGAGAGUGGGGGUGAGACCAUUGAGAAAAACGGCAAAAAGUACAAACUGUUCUACGGCAUGAGCUCCGAUAUGGCCAUGAAGAAGCACGCAGGAGGAGUAGCAGAGUACAGGGCGUCUGAGGGUAAGACAGUGGAGGUGUCCUAUAAAGGGCCAGUGGAGGUCACUGUGAAGGACGUACUGGGUGGUGUUCGCUCCACUUGCACCUACGUGGGAGCUGCAAAGCUGAAGGAGCUGAGUCGCCGUACCACCUUCAUUAGAGUGACUCAGCAACUCAACACUGUGUUUGGAAACAACGACUAACACAUUGCUGUUGCUCAUGAGUGCUGGUCUGGUCUGACAGAUUUACUGCAUUCAAUUAAAAAAAAGAGAUAAACUUGGCCAGAUUCAUGCAAAGGUUUAGAAUUUGCACAGAUUUUGUAGUCAUUCUGUAUUAGUCACCUGACAUUCACACACAAAUGCACACAGUGACAAACCUCACAGCUUUUCCUGCAGCAGUGUUAUGGUUGUGGCUGGCAAGGCUAAGAGAAAUUCACCUGCUUAGACUGCAUAUAAAGACUUUUAUCAUUUGAACAUUUUUAUCGUUACUAGUAGUGUUUCUUAAAUUUAAUUCUCCAGGAAAUAUUCAAGAUCAUAUAUAAAACCCCAAACUGGACCAAAACUCAGACAACAAUUGUUGCCAUUCCACUUAGUUUAGUAUAAAUAAUGUUUUAUAAAUAUCCUCUAUGCACUGAUGAAUAAAGCAGACGACUGUCAUCUUGGUACUGCAA